AUGUAUAGCCUUAUCCUUGCAGCUACAUCUCUCUUCCUUGUCCUCUAUUACUUCAUCUUCCCCGUGAUCAACUAUAUACGAGACCCCAAAGGUCUCCGCAAAUACCCCAACCUCAGUUUCUGGUCAGGCAUAUCGGAUCUUCCUCUGAUAUACGAGUCACACAAGGGUUUCCGGUCCCACUCACUUCUCGAGGCUCACAAGAAUCAUCCGGUCAUCCGCAUAGGGCCGAACUCCGUUUCCUACUCAGACCCUGCCGCGAUCAAGGACAUCUAUGGCCACGGCACAAAAUGCACCAAAGACAUCUUCUAUGCUGAGCUGUCAGGCUCCUACUUUUAUCUUGCAGAUGUGGUAGAUAAAAGCGAGCAUGCUCGGAAACGCAAAGUCCUCUCCAGUGCCUACGCUAUCAAGAACUUGGAAAACUGGGUAUAUAAGGUGGCCGAUAUGUCUCGCCGCCUCAUCAAGGCGUUUGAUUCUCGAUGCACCGAUCCGCUUCCUCAAGGGAAAAUCCCCGAUUAG